AUGAACCCGGGCAGGGGAGGGCAGCGGGGCCCGGCCGCGGGCAGGACGGGCAGGAGGAGGCGGGCAGGGCCCGGAGGUGUGGCAUGGGCUGUCCCCACGGCCCCGCGUGGGGCAGGGCGGGUGGCAGCGCGGGUGGCAGCAGUCCCGUCCAGCGGGCGGCGGAGCGGCAGGAGCGCGGCGCUGCCGGGGCUGUGCCCGGGCACCGGGGCAGCCAGGGAGUCACUCAGUCACCUCAAGUGCCCCAGGGUGGGACAGGAGCUGUGUCAGUGCUGUAAAAUCCUCCUUCUCCAGACGUUCCCUGAGAUCUCCACGCUGCCCUGGUACACUCUGCUCUUCCCCCUGAGCUGCCUCCUCAUCAUCCGGGGGCUGCGAGACCUCAUCGAUGACAUUGGCCGUCACCGCAGUGACAGGAACAUCAACAGCAGGCCCUGUGAGAUCCUGGCUGGGAGGAGGUUCUGCUGGCGGGAGUGGCGCCACAUCUGCGUCGGGGACAUCGUGCGGCUGCGCAAGGACAGCGUCGUGCCGGCUGACCUGCUCCUGCUGUGCAGCUCCGAGCCCAGCAGCCUGUGCUACGUGGAGACCGCUGACAUUGAUGGGGAAACCAACUUGAAGUUCAGACAGGCCCUUCUGGUCACCCACCAGGAGCUGCAGAGCGAGGAGAGCAUGGCUGCCUUUGAUGGGCGGGUGAGGUGCGAGGAGCCCAACAGCCGCAUGCACACCUUCACGGGCACGCUGCGCUGGCGGGGCCGCAGCCACGCCCUGGAUGGAGACCGGAUCCUGCUGCGGGGCUGCCGCCUCCGCAACACCGCGCUCUGCUACGGCCUGGUGCUCUACGCAGGGUUUGAUUCCAAAAUCAUGAGGAACUCUGGGAAGAUCAAGAGGAAGAAAACCAAGCUGGACCACCUGAUGGACCGGCUGGUGAUCGUGAUCUUCCUGCUGCUGUUGGUGACGUCCCUGGGCCUCGCUGUGGCCUCUGGGUUCUGGGCCAGGACGUUCCAGGAGAAGCACAGCUACCUGGCUGCCCUCUACCAGCACACGAGCCCUGCCCACCAGGCCUUCCUCAACUUCUGGGGCUUCACCAUCCUCCUGAGCAUCAUCAUCCCCAUGUCCAUGUACAUAACGUUUGAAUUCAUCUACCUGGUGAACAGCUGUUUCAUUAACUGGGAUCUGGGGAUGUAUUAUGGUGCCAAGGACAUCCCAGCUGAGGCCAGGAGCACCAGCCUCAGCGACCAGCUGGGCCAGAUCCAGUAUAUCUUCUCGGACAAGACGGGCACCCUGACCCAGAACAUCAUGAGCUUCAAGAAAUGCUGUAUCAACGGGACCAUCUAUGGUUCAGGCACAGGCCAUGAGAACAAAGAGCCACAGGGCUCGGGGCUGAGCUGGGAGCACGCUGGGGAGCAGGAGUCGGGUGUUUGCGAUGUGACGCUGCUGGAAGCCGCCCAGAGGGACAAUGACCCGGUGCUGAGGGAGUUCCUGAGGCUGCUGGCCCUCUGCCACACCGUCAUGGUGGAGGACAGGGGCGACCAGCUGGUUUACCAGGCAGCCUCCCCAGAUGAGGAAGCGCUGGUGAUGGCAGCCAGGAACUUGGGCUACGUCUUCCUGGCCCGGACUCAGGACUCCAUCACCAUCAGGGAGCUGGGCAGGACCAGGACCUACGAGCUGCUGGCCAUGCUGGACUUCAACAGUGACCGCAAGAGGAUGUCUGUCCUGGUGCGAGACCCCCAGGGCAGCAUCCGGCUCUACACGAAGGGUGCCGACACCGUCAUCCUGGAGAGGCUGCGGAGCCGAGGGCCCCGGGAGACGCUCACCGAGAGGGCUCUGGAUCGCUUCGCGGAGCAGACGCUGCGCACGCUGUGCCUAGCCAGCAGGGCGGUGAGCGAGCCCGAGUUCCGCGCCUGGAGCCGGAGGCACCGCGCGGCCGCGGCGCUGCUGCGGGACCGCGCCCGCGAGCUGGACAGCCUCUACGAGGAGAUGGAGCAGAACCUGCAGCUGCUCGGGGCCACAGCCAUCGAGGACAAGCUGCAAGACGGGGUCCCUGAGACCAUCCAGCUGCUGAAACUGAGCAACAUCAAAGUGUGGGUGCUGACAGGAGACAAACAAGAGACCGCGAUGAACAUCGGCUACGCCUGCAGGCUGCUGACAGACGACAUGGAGAUCCUGGGGGAGAGGGAGGUCAGUGAGAUCCUCCAGGCUUACUGGGAGAGCAACAACAACCUCAGUGGCCAGGGGGACGCCCCGUGCAGCCUCUCCCAGCAGCGGCCAGAGACUCUGUGCCACAAGAGAGCCAUCAUCAUCAGCGGGGACUUCCUGGACAAAAUCCUGCACACGGGAGAGGUGCUGAAGGAGAAGAAGGGGUGGCCGUGGCAGUGGCUGUGCUGUGGUGGGGCUGAGGCUUCGCAGGACCAGGGGGCUCUGGUGGAGAAGGCCUUUGUGGACCUGGCCACCAGCUGCCAGGCCGUGAUCUGCUGCAGGGUGACCCCCAAGCAGAAAGCCCUGGUGGUGCAGCUGGUGAAGAAGCACAAGAAGGCUGUCACCUUGGCCAUCGGGGACGGGGCCAACGAUGUCAACAUGAUCAAAACCGCGGACAUCGGGGUGGGCAUCAGCGGGCUGGAGGGGCUGCAGGCCGUGCAGUGCAGUGACUACGCCCUGGCCCAGUUCUCCUUCCUGCAGCGCCUGCUCCUGGUGCACGGCCGCUGGAACUACCUGCGCAUCUGCAAGUUCCUCCGCUACUUCUUCUACAAGACCUUCGCUGGCCUCCUGGCCCAGGUGUGGUUUGCUUUCCACAGCGGAUUCACGGCCCAGCCUCUGUAUGAGGGCUGGUUCCUCGCACUCUACAAUAUUUUCUACACUGCCUACCCCGUGCUGUCCGUGGGCCUUUUGGAGCAGGAUGUGAGUGCCAAGAAGAGCCUGGAGUUCCCUGAGCUCUACGUGGUCGGGCAGCAGGAUGAGCUCUUCAAUUACCGUGUUUUUGGUGUCACCCUCCUGCACGGGGUGGGCACCUCCCUCAUCAGCUUCUACAUCACACUCUGGGCCUUUGAGGACCACGUUGGCACCAAGGUCAUGGGUGACUAUGAGUCCUUCUCUGUCACAGUGGCCCUGUCAGCGUUGCUGUCAGUGCUGGUGGAGAUUGUCCUGGACACUCAGUACUGGACAGUGCUGUCCUUCCUGAUGGUCACAGCCAGCCUGCUCCUCUUCUGCCUCUUCUCCUUCCUGACCCAAACUGUUGAUGCCUACAGGAUAGCCCCUGCCAUCUUCCGCUUCCCAGAUGCCAGCUGGAAUGCCCUGACCGACCCCUACGUGCUGCUCGUGGUCCUGCUGUCCCUGGUGGUCAACACCCUCCCCUCGCUCACCGUCCAUGCCGUCCGUGCCAUCCUGGGCAGAGCCACCACCCAGCAGAAGAUCCACCUGAGGGCCAGGCAGGACCCGGAGCCCCCGGUGGAGCUGCGCUCGCACGUCCCCCGCGGCUCCUUCCGCCGCUCCAGCUACGCCUUCUCCCACCAGGAGGGCUACGCCGGCCUCAUCACCCGCGGGGACAGUCUGCGUGCUGGGGACAGGCUGCAUGACAGGGACAGUCUGCGUGCUGGGGACAGUCUGUGUGUUGGGGACAGUCUGCAUGCCAGGGACAGUCUGCAUGUUGGGGACAGUCUGUGUGUCAGGGACAGUCUGUGUGCUGGGGACAGUCUGCGUGCUGGGGACAGGCUGCGUGACAGGGACAGUCUGCGUGCUGGGGACAGUCUGUGUGUUGGGGACAGUCUGCAUGUUGGGGACAGUCUGUGUGUUGGGGACAGUCUGUGUGCUGGGGACAGUCUGUGUGUUGGGGACAGUCUUUGUGCCAGGGCCACCCCCGGCACUGCCCUGUGUGCCCCGCGCCCCCAGGGCACCCCAGCUGUGCCCUCGGUGUAGCUGUCCCCAGCCUGCGGGGCCGGAGCAGGAGCAGCAGGGGCACACCUGGCUGGUCCCUCCUGCCAGGGGCCACCUUCCAUCCUAUCUGGUGGCUUUGCAGAGGGGCUGGCCCAGCCUGGGGGGCUCCUGCUGUGGCACCGUGACCCCCACACUGGCUUUGCAGAGCUGUACAGCUGGGACAGCCACUGACCACUGCCACCAGGCUCGCUGACCACUGCCACCAGGCUCCCUGAUUGCUGCCACCAGGCUCCCUGAUUGCUGCCACCAGGCUCACUGACCACUGCCACCAGGCUCACUGACCACUGCCACCAGGCUCACUGACCACUGCCACCAGGCUCGCUGACCACUGCCACCAGGCUCGCUGACCUCUGCCACUAGGCUCGCUGACCUCUGCCACCAGGCUCCCUGAUUGCUGCCACCAGGCUCACUGACCACUGCCACCAGGCUCCCUGAUUGCUGCCACCAGGCUCCCUGAUUGCUGCCACCAGGCUCACUGACCUCUGCCACAAGGCUCACUGACCUCUGCCACCAGGCUCGCUGACCUCUGCCACCAGGCUCACUGAUUGCUGCCAGAAGGCUCACUGACCACUGCCACAAGGCUCACUGACCUCUGCCACCAGGCUCACUGACCACUGCCACAAGGCUCACUGACCUCUGCCACCAGGCUCACUGACCACUGCCACCAGGCUCGCUGAUUGCUGCCACCAGGCUCACUGACCACUGCCACAAGGCUCACUGACCUCUGCCACCAGGCUCGCUGAUUGCUGCCACCAGGCUCGCUGCCCACUGCCACCAGCUGCCCACUGCCACCAGGCUCCCUGAUUGCUGCCACCAGGCUCGCUGACCAUUGCCACCAUGUCCCCUGCCCGCUGUCACCAGGCUGGCCCUCGCCCUGUGACCCCCUGGCUGGCAGCCCAGCCCCCUUGGCUCUGCCCAGCCCUCGGAGCCUCUGGUGUGAGGCUCAUCCCAGCCCAGGCUGUGCCCACAAAGGCAGUGCUGCCGACCCAGACUCAUUAAUUAACUCUAGAUUAAUUAACUGCCCCAUUGAAAGCAGCAGGGCCCUGGGGGGGUGCAGCCCCUCAGCCUUGCUCGUUCCCACCCACUGGGGACUGAGCUGCAGUGACUGCAGGAAGAACCUGGUUUUGUGCUCUCCACCAAGGCCUGGUCAAUCCUGUGGCUUUUCUGUCAGGUCCCUGGAGUGGUUUGGGUGGUGUUGGAUUAUGGGUUUUGUGAUUUAGAGAUGGGGUGACUGAGAGAUGUUUUAAAAACUUUUAUUCUAUUUUUAGUCUCAUGAGAAGAGUGAGACAAUCCAGAUGUUAUAAUUUAUGCUAUGACAAUCAGAAGCUGAUUAUUUCUUCAUUACAAGACAUUGGAAGUGUUUCUUGGUUUAUCAGCUUUUGCAACACUAUGUUGUAAAUGCUUUAAAGCCAGUAAUCUAAAUUACUCUUCGUGGGUUUUAUUACAAUGCAUCUUUCAUAGUUCUA